CAGAGGAACAUCUGUGCUGGGAGCCCACAUCAGUGACCGUCCAGCUCUAAAAUGCAUCUCAAGAUGCCAAACUUGAUUUUGGUUUUCUAUUUACUUCAAGGACUGAAUAACUUUAUCAGCGCGCAAAACUCCGCGCCCUGGAGGAACCGGAUCCAGUGGGUGAAUAACGGCCAGGUGUUCAGUUUAAUGAGCACCGGCUCGGAGUAUCACGCACCGGUGGCGUCCAGAAGACAGUCCAGGGUGUUUGUGAGCAGCAAUAGAGAUGCUGUCCGAGACAGGACCGUGCAAAUUCGAGUGGAAGCGUCCGAUUCUGCGGCCACUAAUAGCGGCAGCACCGCGCUUUUGGGUCCGGAUCGCAUGAGGUACAUCGCGGCGAACAGCCGCUCACCUGGCGCCAGACAAAUGCAGGUGCGUCAGCGGCUCAGAGCAGCUCCAGGAACCAGAUCCAACGCUACCGAAUACUCCGGCGGCGGAAGAGCCCCGGCUCAAGGGGAAAAUACCGCACGGAGGGCGCCAGCCGUUGCCAAUUUCCAACACCUGGAAGCACCAACUGAGACCUCAAACACUUUAACCAAUGGAAACUAUAAUGAAGCGGGGCUCUCCAGAGCGCAAACUCCAAAUGCAGAGCAGGGAACCACGUCUGAAAGCAUGGCAGGAGAUGAUCCGCGGAACAGGAAUACGGUUUUCUAUAACAUCUAUCCGCCUGGCGGAAGGACGGGCAUCCCGCGCCGCGCGCCGCCUGGCACCGGUUACGGCACCAGAUACUUCCAGAACGGUCUGCCGGAUCUUGUGCCAGAUCCAUAUUCUAUCCAGGCCGGCUCAUACAUCCAGCGCGUGCAGAUGUACGCGCUCCGGUGCGCGGCGGAGGAGAACUGCCUGGCGCGAUCUGCAUACAGACCCACAGUCAGAGACAUCGACUACAGGGUUCUGCUGCGCUUCCCACAGAAGGUCAGAAACAUGGGAACGACUGACUUUCUGCCCGUCAAACCCAGACAUCAGUGGGAGUGGCACAGCUGUCAUCAGCACUAUCACAGCAUGGAUGCGUUCAGUCACUAUGAUCUGCUGGACAUCAGCACCGGACUAAAGGUCGCAGAGGGUCACAAGGCCAGUUUCUGUCUGGAAGAUACGGGCUGUGAUCCUGGAUUUCACCGCCGAUACGCUUGCACCGCACACACACAGGGUUUGAGUCCAGGCUGCCACGACACAUACGCCGCCAACAUCGACUGCCAGUGGAUCGACAUCACAGACGUCCCUCCUGGAAACUACAUCCUCAAGGUCACAGUCAAUCCAGACUUCCUGGUGCCCGAGUCUGACUUCUCCAACAACGUUGUGCGAUGUGAGGUCAUUUACACCGGCAUUUACAUCCAAACCAGAAACUGCAUCUUAACCGGGAUGUAAAGACCUCGGGUCGAAGUUGAAUUUUAAAGCCUAUAUAAUAGGUUUAAUUAUAGUAAUUUAAUUUAAAGCUUUUUUAGUAACUUGAAACACUCCAUAUAGCUGUUGGAGUAAUAUUUAUGACAAAUGUACUGUAUCUAUUUUUAGAUGAGCGAGCAAUUUUAAGUGUUUUUGUGAUGUUUGCAUUAUAAUAAAAUGUAAUUUUGCUUUUAUGUUAAAUGAAGAACUAUCAAUUAAUAGAUUAGUAUGUUAGAGUUUGUAUUUAUUGCAUUGGUUAUGAAAAAUAUAAGCAUUUUCUUUUAAACUAAGAUUAUUGAGGGAGAUUUUGUGUUAUUUUGCCUUUUUAUUAAAUAGUGGUUGAGUGUUUUACUCCACUGCAGAUCACUAGUGUAAAAUAUACACUAUUAAAGGGUUUGGUUUUCCAGGUUUCAGUUGAUAUUUCUGUCUUAAACAUCUUGAGAAGUUUGCUGCGAGCUUCCUUUGUCUUUGCCAUGAUUAUAAAACUGUUUCCAUGAAUGCUGGACUUGGAUGAACGAGGUCGUUUGUGGUUUGAUUUGCAAUAAACAGA